AGAAUUUAAUCCUGAAUCGGGACGAGACACUACCUAGGUACAGGCGCCCUGUUAUUGUGGCGUAUUUUACAACUCACAACCUCCCCAUCCCAUCAUUUUCUGCUUUUUUUCUCCCAGCCGAUCUGGGAGGCAUAUCAAAUGAUUUCCAGUGGGAUUAAGCAGUCUCUCGCCAUGGUUGACCGAAGACGAAAUGGCAGCGACUAUGUUUGGGAUGUACUCUUGAUAUUGGGCACUGCCGGAGCAGCUUGGUUCCUUACCCGAAACGUCAUACAAUCCCUUCAGGGAACUCUCGCCGACCCGGAUAAAGAUAAACGCGAACAAGCACGAAUCAAAGCAAAAGCGAACCUUUCGAGAUUACAAAAAUCCAGAGACUAUGAAGAGGGUAAUGAGACGGAUAUAAGUAGUAGCACAAGGCGAGGUCCUCGGAUCGAGGAUCUAGUUCUCAACGAAUAUGAAAACCUUGUUGCGCUAGAAGUCGUUGCUCCCGAAGAUAUACCCGUCGGAUUUGAUGAUAUUGGUGGAUUGGAGGAUAUCAUCGAAGAAGUUAAAGAAUCAGUCAUAUAUCCAUUAACAAUGCCACACCUCUACUCACAUGCCGCCCCGUUAUUAUCAGCACCAUCCGGUGUAUUACUUUAUGGACCUCCCGGAUGCGGCAAGACCAUGCUAGCAAAAGCUGUCGCACACGAAAGUGGUGCUUCCUUCAUCAACCUUCAUAUUUCAACAUUGACCGAGAAGUGGUACGGAGAUUCGAAUAAGCUCGUGCGGGCUGUAUUUUCGCUUGCGCGCAAACUUCAACCUGCCAUUAUCUUCAUAGAUGAAAUAGACGCCGUAUUAGGUACUAGGAGAAGUGGCGAACACGAAGCUAGCGGCAUGGUUAAAGCAGAGUUUAUGACAUUGUGGGACGGUUUGACCUCCUCAAAUACCCAAGGUCUUCCCGCAAGAAUUGUUGUGCUCGGAGCUACAAACCGUAUUCACGAUAUUGAUGAAGCCAUUUUACGCAGAAUGCCCAAGAAAUUCCCUGUAUCAUUACCCGACAAGAACCAGCGAUUACGAAUACUUCAGCUUAUUCUUAAGGAUACAAAGACCGACCCUAACAAUUUCAAUGUUGAAUACAUCGCGAAGGUGACGGCAGGGAUGUCGGGUAGUGAUAUUAAGGAAGCAUGCCGUGACGCUGCUAUGGCCCCCGUACGAGAAUAUAUCCGAGAACACAGAGCAAGUGGAAGCUCUAUGUCUGCCAUUGACCCAUCAAAAGUGCGAGGAAUACGCACAGAAGAUUUCUUCGGACGAAAGGGUGGCGGACAAAUUCUCAUGAAGAGUCCCCCUUCGCAACAGAAGUCGUCAAGUGACGAGUAUGAAGAUGUUGACGAUGAUGCGUACACGGUCGAGACGUCCACGACAGGCGCAAAGGCCACAGAAGCGUCCGCAUGAAUUGUGUUAUCAUGAAUAUAAUAUGAGGGAUCGAAACGGACUGGGACUAAGGCGUUCAUGUUACGAUGCUUUGGGGGAUCUAGCAAUUGCCGGUUGGGUCUUGCAAUUAGCAUUAGAUUUUGGAUUGGAGAGACUUCACUCUGUAUAAUGAUACCAGAUAUCACCCUGUUCUUACGAAACCUGUCGAAAGGCAUUCUGCGUUCCGGAUUUUAGCCCUUGUUAGUAGUUACGUAGGAUAUAGUUGCGUACAUUUUCCAAUGGGAUGUACACAGUCCGAUUUAAACCCGACUUAUAUAACAUGACUUCGUGCGUUGUUUUU